AUGGUAAAAAGAAAUAAAAAUGAGAACGAAAAGCCUCCUCUUCCCACAACACCACCUCCUCCGCCCGUUGGUGAACUUCCAGUUCAAUACAAGAGAAUGUCAGCAUCACGAAAUGAUCCACCUGCUCCACCAUCAAAUAGAUUGUAUGGGUUCAUACCUGUGCUCAUUUGUCUCAGUUUAUUAUGGUUUGCAUGGUCCCAGUGGCAUAAUCCACCUCAAGUCCAACAACAACCUGUUAGAGUUGAAGAUCAUCAUAAAAAGAGAGUAUGGUGGAUGCCAGAUUUGUUGAAGACACUUCCGCCGUUUGCGGAAGGAUACAGAUUAGAACAUUAUGUGCCAAAAUACAAAAUAUCAGGAUGUGCGAUAAAUGGGAACUUUCCUGAAAUCAGUGCAGCUAUCUUCUGUUUUCUUCAUAAUUCAACAUUGUUCACAGCUGCAAAUAAAACCAUUUCGGAGGAUUUAGGAGAGAAUGGACUCUGCUCGAAAAUAAAGUCAUUUACGAUGACUGAUUGGAAACUCUGGAAGAAGCAUAUCACGGAUAAGAAACUUCGACGAGUUGCGUUUGUUCAGAAUCCAUUGGAACGAUUUGCACGAACAUUCAGGAAAAUUUGUGAAAUAGAAAGGAAAUGCUUGAAUUGUCAGGAAAACGUUGGUUGUUUCAUGAGAAAAUUAAUAAAAGAACAUGAAAAAGUAGCAGAAGGAUUGGCUGGUCACGUACGGUCCUAUAUCACGAACUAUUUCAGCCCACAGAGCUGGAAUUGUCAUUUCAAUCGUCAGUUACGAGUUGUUGAAACACUGAAAAUUGGUGGAAACCAAACUGAACUUGCGAGGUUUUCAGACGAACUGAGUAAAAUACUAGGAGAGCAAGGCGUUCCUAAAGAGGCACUAAAUACAAUCAAAGAGGAAGUGAUGAAAAUUCCCUUGACACUGAGUGCUGAUGAGAGAAGAAUUAUGGAAAAGAUAAAAAAAGACGAAGAUCUCUUCAGGAUAUUUCGAUAUUUAUACGAACAUGAUUAUAUCAUAUUUGGAUUCGAUAUCUAA